UUUAACAGGCGGUCAGAGUAUGUCAAGUGUUUGAACUGUCCGUAUUCAUAGAAUAUCAAAAUGAUUAUCUGGAAUUCCGAUGCCAAAUCAACGCUGAACAUGUACAAAUUGAAUUUGACAUUUCUCGGUGUAUGGCCAUUUCAAUAUCAAAGAUUUAGACUUGGAGUAAUCAUCAUAUCUCAGAUCACUAUCGCCAUUCCGCAAUACAUCGACUUGGUAUCGAAUUUGAGAAACUUGGACAACACCAUAGAAAAUCUCACCUGCAACGUGGUAGUGAACAUGGUUGUAAUAAAACUCAUUACCCUGGUACUACAUAGGGAGAGUAUGGCCGAUUGCAUAAAUUUUGUGGCGAAAGAUUGGAACAAUAUUCGAAAUAUCGAAGCUCGUCAGAUAAUGGAAAAUCACCGUGGCCUGGGAAAAAUCGUUUUUUUCGGCCUUAUGUCGUUACUUUACAUCAGCUACAUCAUGUACCUGGUAUUAGCAAUCGUUAAAACGAUAUCAACUGACUGUACAGCGCAAAACUCUACAGGAUCGUCAUGCAAAUUGCUUCCGAUACGUGCGAAUUACCUUAUCGAUACGAACUCUUCGCCAAUUUAUGAAAUCGUAUUCAUUCUACAAACUGUUCAAGGCAUGAUAACAUGUACCGGAAACUACGGUAUCGAUGCUCUCAUAUUUUUUCUCACGAUGCAUGUUUGCGGACAACUGGAACUACUCAAAAUAGACUUUCGAACGCUUCUCGAUUCUAUUCCUGAAACUAUAGAGCACAAACCGAAUGCCGUGAUCGUUUUGCGAAAGAAAAUAGUCGCACUAACCAAACGACAUUAUGAAUUGAUCCGAUUUUCGGAACAUUUGGAAGACACAUUCAACAUCAUGAUACUCGGACAGCUGCUCGUUAGUUCGGUCAUGAUUUGCAUAAUCGGUUUUCAGUUCAUAUUGUGCCUAGAAAACGGAGAUCUACUUGGAGGUAGCAAAUACGUGCUUUACAUGUGGGCUGUUAUGAUGCAACUGUUGCUUUAUUCAUUCGCCGGUGACCAUCUUAAGAAUCAAAGUUUUGGUCUAGCUUACGCAGCGUACGAAAGUCAAUGGUACAAAUUACCGCCAGCGAUUGCCCGCGACCUUCUAUUCGUCAUGGUCCGUGCUGGAAACCCGUUACGUAUCUCAGCGGGGAAAUUCUUCAUCAUGACACUCGAGAGCUUCAAGGUCAUCGUUAAAACGUCAGGCUCAUAUUUGUCGGUACUACGCGUCAUGGUCGACUAAUUGGUACAUGCAUGGCACUGCACAUUUGACCAAUAGCUGUCGAGACAUAUCGCCUUAUUUUCAAAAAUCAGAUAAGAAAUGAUCGUUUUAUCUUAGUUAAAUGUGUGCAUUGAUUAAUCGAUUUGUCCGACAAAGUUAGAUUUCUCUCUGUUCGUCAUUAAGUCAUUACAGGUUUAACAUGUGUGUGGUGUACAUUACACAUAACGGAUAGAAACCGUUGAAUGACGGAUGAUGGUAACAUCUGCGUGAUGAGAAUGCCAAGACGCAAUUUAAAUGAUGCGAGCUCAUGACCUGCGUAGCGCAGAAUGUAGAAUCCACACUACACACACUAUACAAUCACGGGAAUUGGAUCUCUGCCCUAAUUGCCAUUGAUUAAAAUCAUUUUUUUUUUUUAUCUAAUGUAAUUACGGUCGGGGCAUAAUUACCGCGAAGAUGAUGUAUUAUGUGCAUUACAGUCUUGGACAUUUUUUUGAGUUUUUACAUUUCAGGGCAUUGAACCAAAGAGCUAGAUUAUAUAAGCAUUCCUAAUUGGUUGGUAUAUUGAAUCUUCGGGUAUUGCAAUCAUUGCAAAUCUGCGAAUCUGCGAUUUUUCACUUCCAGUUGGAAAUCAAAAAUAUCGUAAUGCAAUCUACUACUGCGAUAGUGAUUCCAAUUACUUCUAUUGAGGAUUCAAAUUUCCUGUGUAUAACUCAAUCGUCAAGUUACUUUUAUAUUCGGAACAGCACACUCUUAUACAGUCCGAUUUUUAUACGCUCAUCGGCGUUAAUUAACGUGUUGGAGUAGAUGUCAACCAAUUGAUUAUUAUAAAAAUAGAAAGAAAAGAAAAGUAGCUUGCACUGAUGUUUAUCCCUGGGGUUUUCUACGAAAUGUCUUUUCUAAGACUAUGCGCCACCAGAAACUCGAUUUAUUUUGAAAUUAUACAACCAAAGAAAUUUAAAUAAUACAAUACUUCAAUUUUUUAAUUUGCUGGCGUUUCGAUAUUUGCUCUUUUGUACACAGUAACACCAUGUUUUCAAC